GCAGAAUUUGAGUUUGACGACCAAGGAGCUCUUGCUGAUGUGACUACACAAGGCUCUCAAGCAUCCAUAUCAACUGCACACGUAAAAAGCGGGACCUCUGCUUUAAAAUGGGAGUGGCCUGGCUCAGGAGCUACAAGCCCCUCGAUGGUGUUAAAAGUGGCGAGGAAUGUUGAUCGGAACACUAGAAGAAAAGGUGGCAUAAGGUUUUGGAUGUACCGCCCGCACACUCAAGUGGCAAAUGUUGCAAACGCGACCGUGGAAAUCACCUUUAACACAGACGCCGGUUUGUCCAAGAUCAUAAAAGUCAACUUGGGGUUCGAGGGCUGGCGUACAGCCUGGGUGACCUAUAAGGAACUAGGAUUGAGGGGAAGAAAUAUGUUUAGACGUAUUAACUCUUUGACGUUUGUAGUCAAGCAGACAGGAAGCAGUGGUCAAAACUACGUCUUUAUUGACCUGCUAGAGCUGGCCGAGGAGAUCGCAAAGGAAAGCCGAGAUAUGGUAGUACCAUAUUUACCAGGCACACCUGAACAGGACGCCAGGAAUUCGUACCAGAGGACUUACUAUUGGGCUGUGAGAAGAGUUCCGGAUGCGCCUGAUUACCCUGAUAUAGCUGAACAGAUGGACAACAUCCGGAGGGUCGAGGAAAGAGUCGAGAAUUGGUACCAAGAUCUAGAUAGAUCGUCGUACUCUACCUAUCCAAAUUCCUUGUCAAACGUGCGGGCAGAGAAAUGGAAGUCAUUACAAAAAACUAUCAACGAUGCACAUAUUUUAUAUGAAGCUUUGUUGGCAAGAAAUGGCAUAUCAAAAAAAGGCAUAUCGUUAAUAAUCAAACCAGCACUGUUUUCGAGAAACUCACCACACGGGAAGACUAAGAAACGACCAGGAGCGAACAAAGUUGAAAAAUUGAAGAACACUAUUGAAUAUUAUGACAAAAUGAAGUUCUCGUUUAUGACUGAAAUUAUAUUACAGCCCCUUGCCAUUGACUUUAUUCUAAAGAGUCGAGAGAAGGAGAUUAGAGACAUGAUUCAAACGGAGACACCUUUUUUGAGAGCUUCAGCCACGGUGCGGGAACAAGCGAUAGAGAGAAUCGCAGGGACAAGCAAGGCAAUGAAGAAUAUGUUGAAUGGUGUGACAACAGAAGAUGACUUGGAAAAGGCGAUUGGUGCGCUUAACGAGGAGAGAAGAGACAGGGUUAUUACUAUGCUGAAGUAUUUAUACGACCAAGGAAUGGCUGAAGGUAGCGCACUCGGUUCCCUGGAUCACGAGUGGAAUAUGAACGCCGCCGGAUUCCAACAUGGCGUCUUUGCCGUCCGCAAACACCUAGAGGCUGACUUUCUCGAUAAGAUGAUCAAGGCAUGCAAAUGGUUCAAUGACUUCAAUGAAGUCUACGGCAAAAGCUCCACUCAUGGAUUUGAAUUCGACGGCACAACGUCUGAUCAAAUGAAGGUCCACAUGUUCUUUAGAAUCCUGACAGUGCUUUCCAUGCCAGAAGAUGAUAACGAUAAAAAGAAGAAAAAGAUUCGCGAUAUGCAUGCUUGCAAGGAUAACGCGGAUAACUCAAUGGCUAUAAACCUGGGUCUGGGCGGCGUCUUCAAACCAGACGGCUCCUCCUUCCAUCACCAAACGUACUACGGAGCUGCCUACGCCCCGUACGCAGUGCAGACCGCAUCCAUCGUGCAGUUCAUUCUCGACGGGACAAAAUUCCAGCUUGGCGUCAGCGCUGUUAAGAACUUGCACUUGUGUCUAGAGACAUAUCGAGCUGUUGCUGUGAAGUAUUCCACACCGAGUAGUUUAGCAGGAAGGUUUCCAAACUACAAAAAGGAGGUACUGGCUAGUAUAAUCCCUGCUUACGCGUACAUCGCAUGUAAAGAAGCCACAACUAGGGGUUGUACAAAAAUAGAAGAUACUGGAAUGCUGCUACGUCUUUAUUACAAAACUAGCAAUCCGACAAUCAGUGAUACAACCCUAGAGAAGAGGCUUCAAGAUGGCUCACCAUCUAAAGGCUCCUACUACUUAAACACUAUUGGAUCUCUUGAUAUCCUGCAGUGGGUCGUUGGUAAGGCUGGUGGGGCAGCACCCGAAACAACACCCUCGGGGCACUGGAGUCUGAACUUUGCGGGAUUAUCCGUUCAGAGGAGGGACCAGUGGGCCGUAGCAGCGAAAGGGUUUAACAAGAACGUCUGGGACUUUGAAAGCGGGGGGAAAGAGAACUUGUACGGAUUGUUUGAAAGUCAUGGAACCUUACAGAUUUCCAACGAUGAGGAAUCGCUCAUCAAGUAUGACGUGGAAAACGGUUGGGACUGGACCCUAAUCCCAGGGGCCACAGCGGUCAACAUUUCACCAAAACAUCUAGAGCUUAAGUCAAUGCGGUUCUACAACAAGAAGACGUUAGCUGGCGGUGUGAGUCUAUGUGGAGCCCACCAGGUACACACCAAUCCCCUGAAAUGUGAACCCAGGAAUGGUGUGUUUGCUAUGCACUAUGAUAAACCAGACUAUGAGACGAAGGAACAAGACUCGCCAGCUGCGAGUAUGACCUUUGAGUUCAAGAAGUCGUACGUAUUCUUUAACAAUCUGAUCGUAUGUCUAGUGAGUGAUGUCGAAUUCCGAAGUAACGCAAAAAAUACUUACCACGCUCAUACGGCCUUGUUCCAAGAAAAGGAUACCGGUGGCUCUAUAAAAGUAGAGGGUGUAGAUUACAAACUUUCGGGUUCCGAUCAAACCUUCGAUUCUGCAAACAUGGGUACGGAUGUGACUCUAGAAGACACUUCUGGUAACAUCUACAGUAUCACAGACGUGCAAAACAACGGACGAUUACAUGUUAAGAUAAGUGAUCAGCAAUCAAAAACCGACCAAGGUAAAAACUCAAAGGGCCGCUAUGCAACAGCCUGGGUCCAACACCCUGACAAUGCAACGCCUUUAAGAUAUAACAUCCUUGUUAAUGGUGGACCACUCAUGCCGGGUGACCUGAGAAAAGUCCGUAUACUACAAGACCGGGGGAACGCCCACAUCGUGGAAUUGGACAAUCUGCCGAGCAGGGGGAGUAAAAUAUUCGCGUAUUCUAUAUUUGAGCCCACAAUUACAGGAACCGCAACACUUGGAGGUCCGGUGAAUGAAGUAACGCAUGAAUGUACGAUGAUGCUGGAAAAAGGACCGAAAUACCUGAUUAUUGCGCUUAGUAACCCUGGAUUCAAGCUGGUCAGAGAUCCGAACAAGGAGCAAAAAGUCCCGUGUGAAAAUACCCCUGACAGUGCUUAUGAAGAGAUGUCAGCGCAGUCAGACGUCACUAAGGAGAUCCUCUACUGUUCCAAGAGUGAUUCCCAGUCAAUUACCGUUACGUUGCAGAGUAAAUACAGCGAAAGAAAAGGCUGGAAAGUGGAGAGCGUAUGGGUGAAUAAUAUAAAUAAGAAGGAUAACCCAUCAGAUUUUGUUACUCAAGACAGGUUCAAACUCGAGUUUAAGAAGCUUGAAAAUGGCUUUACCACCGAAGUCAAACUUGUCAACAAGAUAUAGCUAGUCUAAACCUCUAGGCCUCUUUUUGGAAGUCCCAAAUCACAGGGGUCUUGAAUACAAUAUCCGGGGGAAGAGUGGAGCGUGGGGCCACACUAUUUGCAUUAUACGUACUAAUUCUAAGGUUUGCUUUACACUAUACUUAUUAGUAUUAAACAAGGCUUGUGUUACACUUUACACAUUAGUUUUAUUAAAGGCUUGCUUUACACUAUACACAUUACUGUUAUUCAAGGCUUGUGUUACACUUUACACAUUAGUCUUUUUCAAGACUCGCUAUACACUUUACACAUUAGUCUUACUCAGACAAAUAGUUGACCAUACCUAAGCUUGCGCCACUCAAGAAGAAUUGAUUAUAUUAUGCUCGAUUUAUACUAGAUAAUAUAUAUAAAAUAUAUAUUUUACUCGAACAUGGUUCGAACAUAUACAUGUAUACAUUUAAUCAAUUUAAAUAUUAAGAUUGUGCAAUAUAGAAUGAAUUUGAAUAUGAAUUUUAUAAAAUAUUCAUUAUCUUAUUUAUUUAUUUAUCAUCCUUUUGCCAAGCCAAAGAAUGUAAUACAGUUGUAAUACAGAACAAUAAAAAGACGCGUGUUGUUCAUGA